AUCUUCUCAGUUUAUCUCAUCUCGUCCCAUCUCAUCAGCGGAUAUAUUCAUAGGAUUUACGAGGUUUUCUCAAGGUCUUGUCAAGGCUCAAGAUCUACAGAGAAGCCAUUCACUCGCCUCUCAUGGGAUCCUGCUGUUCGACAUCCGACGACUCGUCACAGCACGAACUCCAACAAGCACGCCCCGCCCCGCCGCCUCAAAACCAGAACAACAUGCCGCCGCCGCGCGACCACAUCGUCACGCUCGAGAAGAAAUGGGGCUACCACGCCAUUGACGGGUAUGAGCUCAACAACAACACCUGGGGCCUCGAGAGCGCGACGUCGGGCUCACAGCGCACGCACUACGACGGUCCCAGCCCGCCCGGUGCGUCGGGGGCCCAAGGUAUCUCGUGGUCGACGGACUGGGAGUGGCAGGGCGGCGAGCACAACGUCAAGUCGUACGUCUACGGCGCGAGGCAGUUCCAGCGGCGGCUCUUAAGUGAGAUCCAGGCGCUGCCGACGGAGGCCGAGUGGCAUUACAGCACGUGGGAUGUAAGGGCCAAUGUGGCGUAUGACAUCUUCACGGAUCCCGAUAAAGACCACGCCAACAGCAGCGGAGAAUUCGAAGUCAUGAUUUGGCUGGCAAAGUUGGGUGGUGUGUGGCCCAUCAGUGAGUCCAAGGCGCCCAUCGCGCAUGUCGAGAUCUGCGGGCAUCAGUGGGAGGUUCACUUUGGUUACAACCACGGCGGCGCGAUGAAGGUGUACAGCUUCCUGCCCGUCAACGGCCCCAUUCAGCACUUCAACGCCGACGUGAAGCAGUUUUUCAACUUCCUGAGCCACCAGUUCCAGUUCCCCCAACACAACCAGUACAUGCUCGUCUACCAGCUCGGUACCGAGGCCUUCACCGGCGGUCCUGCACAAUUCGUUGUGCCCAAGUUCAUCGCCGAUGUCAUCUAGGUAUAGGCACUAAGAUGCGGCCAAUGAUACUUGCUGCUUCAUGAUACCAAAAGAAUCCGUCAUUAGACACGUAUGCCUUGAAAGGAGGCACUCGUUGCUUCUAUAGUCUAUAGUAGUAAUACAAAUACAAC